CUUUGCUGCAGAGACUUCAUCUGAACUAUUGUGAAGAGAAAAGAUUUGAUUCUGAAGUGUUUUAAACCUGACAACAUGAAUAUCAUUCAGCUUCAGCUCUAUAUAAUAAUCUGUUGUCAGUGUGCGGUGUCAGAUCUUCUGACUGAUCUGGGAUCAAAUGUGACCAUAAACUGUGAUCUUGAUGAAAAUGAGGUUUAUUGGAUUUUACUGAAAACAGCAGAUCCUCCAACAGUUAUUCUACAAUCAUUCUCAACAACAGCAUCACCUUUUUACUUCAAUAAAUCAUUCAGAAAGAAAUAUUCGGUGCAGUUUAAACAUCGUCUGGUUAUUAAUAAUGUGACUGCUGAUGAAUUAGGAGUUUAUUACUGUAUGAACACAGAAACACCUCCAAAACUCAGCAACAGCACCAGAAUAUACUUCAACGAAUCUUUACUCAAACAUGCACCAAUGAAGUGCAUUGAUGAUAGUGCUGUGGUGAAUUGCACUGAUCAAAAUAAUACACAAUGGCAGAUUGUUAUCAUCAUAUCAAGUCUGAUGAAUGGACUUCUGAUCCUUGUGGUGGCUGUUUUUGCCACUGGAAAAGUGCAACAGCUGGACAAACACUUUCAUAAUACUGAUGUACAGUGGACACGAGUUGUAUAUAAAGUCCAAGACCCAGACGGAUUAGUAUCACAAUGAGGUGAAUUUAUGUUAUAAUGAACAUGUUAUAAUGUAUAAUCUUAUAUCAUGCAUCUUAUUGUGUGUUUUUUCACUUUUUUUGUGUCACAGAGCUUGUCAUUAUUUACAGUAAAAAAAAAAUGAUCGUGUGAAUAAACAAAUAUUAAAUGUCAUUAUCAGAUUUCUUUGUAAAUAGUCCUUAGUUAUGAAGUCUGGUGUGAAAACCUGCCUCGUUUAAAAUGUGCUUGUAUUUAAUAAUACAUGUAUUAAGUCUGCUGUUAAAUGUUUAUUACAAUUGAUUGUUAUGUAUGUUUAUAUAUAUAUUUUACAUUAAAUAUAUAAAUGUUUUAAUUGUAAUUAUUAUUACUAUUAUUAGAAAUCAUGCUAUGUAUAUAAGUUACGUAUAUAAGUUACGUAUAUAAGUUACAUUUUUGUGUACAUGGUUUUGCUUAUAAAAUAAUAAUAAACUAAUAUGAAAAGCUAAACCAAAACCGUAAAUAUGUUCCCAUGCCAACACUUUGAAAAGUUUAUGUAGGUCUAUCUCAGUUCUCAAAGUUGUCUUAAUCUCAAAUAGAAAAAGAAUUAGGAAAAGAUUUAUUCACUGAAUUAUAUUGUUAUGUUAUUCCAACCAAACAUCCAAAGCAACUUUUCCACGUCCAUUUCAUCAGCUUUCAAUCAAGUUGUCCUAAAAAAGACAAUAUUAGCUUACAGUAUAUAAAUUAACUGGGAAUUUCAGUAAUGUCUUUAUUUUAAUUGUCAUCAUUCAUUUCCUUAAUUCGUUGUACUCAUUUCAGAGCCUCAUUCUAAAUAUCAUUUCUGAUUUUCAAAU